GCCUGCCUGGGCCCCUCAGAGCCCAUGGCUGACCUUCUAACUGGCCUAUGGGGCCCCCUCAGAUGCCAGCUCCAUGGAAAGAUCACCAUGGCACGUCUGGGCCCCCUAGUGGGAAAGGCUGACCUUCUAACUGGCC